AUGCCAACCUCUAAGCUCUCAGCUCAAUACGCCGGGGCUUUUUUCGCUCCGAUGGGCCAUCGAAAACGCAAGCGAGGCGUAGACGUUUUGGGGGACUUUGAAAUGUCUCCAGCUUCUUUUCGAACGCCAAGCCCACUUCAGUCACCUUCAUUCACAGUUGAACCCCCCUCCUCGAAGAAGAGUAAGAAGAAGAAAACCGUCGCUCACCGCACUGGCUCCGGCUACUCUCCUACUUCCGUAGUCGCGUCCUUUACGAAAAGUUUGGGAAAUGAUUCGAACACUGAGAAAUCGCCUUCCAAGACGAAGAAUCACGAAAUGAAUACCACCAUGGGGAAUAAAUUCAAAGACGAGGUUGACAAGAACAAGGAGAUAUCUUCUGUGUUUGAGGAGAGUGAAGUGGAAGCCUCUCCUGUGAACCCAGUCUCCAGUCGCCCACAAAAUAAAAAAGCCACAGUUGCAAAGUUGUCAACAUCGACGACUGUAUAUCAGUAUGAGUUGGGACCGCUGAGAGAUGUGCCCUGCCUACGGUGUGUUCGCAGCGCCAUACAUAGAAUCUCUCCCGUCCAGUGCCACGACAGCGACCGCAAGGCGUGCGUGCGCUGUGUCAAUAUGAGGGUUGCCUGUGACCCGCUUCCCGACACGAUUCGUAAGAGAGUUCUCCAACUUUUUGAGCAGCAGAAUAGCCCAGACACCACGUACCGGGAGAAAAGCCUCAUCCGCAUUGUUCUGCGAGAUAUCCUUGCCCAAGAGGGGAAGAAGAAGAAGAGGGAUUCUACUGCCCCUGCUGUUAAGGGGCAGAAAGCCGCAGAUAAAGAGAAGAACUCUGAGGCCUACAGUGCAGCGGAGGCUUCAACAAAGAGUAGGGAGCGGGUGGAGGAAAACGAAGAUGAGAGUAGGGGCCAGGCGACCGAAGGAAGUUACAAUCCGCGGUCAGCAUGUAGCAAUAUUGCUGCUGGACCUCUUGCGUCUGGUUUACGAAUCGCUAUUGAUGGCCUCGUUAGCAGCAGCGUAGUUGAGCCGGUGCGGCCUGUCUUGUCGCGGCUGCUGGACGAUUACGCGGCUGCUCUCUUGAAGAAGCAGUAACCAUCAAUCUCUAGGAUUCCACUGCUUCUCACUAAGACUCUGCUUUGAAACGGCGUUUGUUUCCCAUAGUCAGGUGGUUAGGAAUCGGUUGAUUACGCAACAAAUAUGCCUGAUUUUAAUAUUACC